UUUUAUAUGAUUAUAUCUCAAAAGCAUAUUCUCCCCCUCCACCCUCACCGCCGUACUAGGGUUUAUCCCACUCCUUUUCCGCUUCCUAACCACCACCACCACCACAAUGGAAUUAUCUCUCACUAACAUAACCUACCGCCACCACCACCGCCCCCACCCCCACCCCUUAUCCACCACCCACCGCCGCCCCUCAUCCAACUUCAUCACUUUCCCCAAAUCACAAUCCUUCUCAUCCUUACCACCCCUCAAAUCAUCCUUCCGUAACCCUAGUUCCCAAAUCCCCAAUUUCCAAAACCCUAAUUCUCAAAACCCUAACCCUACCCCACUCUCCGCCAUCAAAACCACCUUCAUCACCGGCAUCACCGUCGCCGCCGUCCUCCUCUCCCGUCUCACCCUCACCCCCGCCGUCGCCGCCCCAAUUCCACCUCCCGCCGCCGUAGAAACUGCCGACUCCACCGCCGAAUCACUAGACCAAGAAAAAGCCCUAGAAGAACAUUUAUCUUCCCACCCUGACGACACCAACGCGUUAAAAACCCUAAUGGAACUCAAAAUCAAAAUAGGUAAACCCAAAGAAGCCAUCGGAAUCCUCAACCAGCUCAUUAACCUCGAGCCCGAAGAUUCCGAAUGGCAGUUGUUGAAAUACCACUUACAUGCAUACGACGGAGACCACGAGUCUGCUAAAUUAGGGUUUGAAAACAUCAUUACAAAGAAUCCGUUUCGUGUCGAAGCGUAUCACGGAUUAGUUAUGGCAGCUUCGGCUGCUAACGAAUCGAAUUUAACCGAAUUGGAUGAUGUGGAGAAACGAAUCGAACAAGGGAUUGAGUUAUGCCGAAAACAAAAGAAGAAGGAUGAGAUUAGGGAUUUUAAGCUGUUGUUAGCGCAAAUUCGCGUGAUUAAGUCGAAUUAUGACGAGGCGUUGAGGAUUUAUCAGGAGUUGUGUAAAGAGGAGCCUCGGGAUUUCAGGCCGUAUUUGUGUCAAGGGAUUAUUUAUACGUUGUUAGGGAAGAACGAUGAGGCGGAGAAGUGUUUUGAGAAGUAUCGGAGGCUUGUGCCGAAAGGGCAUCCGUAUGCUAGGUAUUUUGAUGAUAAUAUGGUUGCGACGAAGGUGUUUGCGCAGAAGGUGGAGCACGAACGGGCGUUUGCGAAGAGUUGAGUGGUGGAAUGAGAGUGCGGAUUCGUGUAUAUCGAAAGGUUAUGGUUUGAUACUCUGUUUUGGUAUGCUUUGUUUUUUGUUUAUGGAAUUGUUCUUAUGGCUAUGGAUAGGAUUUAAUAAUUUUGUUAUCUUAUUUGUUUAGUUGUUAUGGGUAUGGAGACUAUAGGUGCUAA